ACAGAGGACGAAAGGAUGACCUUCCCCCUUCAUGCAGCAGCCUCAUACAGCCGCACAUCCCUCCCUCCAUCCCAGUCGGAGGGCAGCUCAGCGCACAGCCCUUCCACCGCGCAUGUCCCGCUCGCUCCGCCCGCCCCGGGCUCGUCCUGCCGAGGAAUGUUGGGCUCCUGGCGGCCCGUAGUUUCCUCGGCAACCGGCAGGAAGCGUGGCCGCUCGUGGGGCUGCCCGCUGCCAGGUCACGGGUGGGCCGGGUCGGGCAUUGGGGCUCUGAAAAGGGGGGAUAGCGGAAAACGAAAGAUUGCUGCUGCUCUCUUUCUCUACCCCAUCUGCGCUCCGGCAGAGAGCUCAUUCAGCGGGUUUGCUGCUCCUUCUAGAACACCUUCUGCGUUUGCUGCUACAUAUGCUAAAGGUGGCAUUCCGUGCAGGUUAAUGCAUGGAUCAGUAAAGCACCGACUGCACUGGGAGUGCCCUCUUGAAACAGUUCCUUUUGAUCCUCUUCUCAUAACUCUGGCAGAGGGUCUGAGAGAGACAAAGCAUCCCUAUACAUUUGUUUCAAAGGAGGGUUUUAAAGAAUUACUUCUGGUUGAAGAUGCUGCUGAAAAAGCCAUUCCGCUGUUGCCUCGUCUAGUUCCUGUGUUAAAGGCUGCAUUGGCCCAUUCAGAUGAUGAAGUAUUUGAAAGGGGAUUAGAUGCUUUAGUUCAACUGAGUGCUGUUGUUGGCCCAUCUCUUAACGACCAUCUUAAGCAUCUGCUCACAAAUCUUUCAAGGAGAUUAAUGGACAAGAAAUUCAAAGAAAAAAUCACUAUUGCUUUACAGAAGUUGGAGCAAUAUGGUGGAAAGGCAUCGGUGACUAUCAUCAAAUCGAAAAUUCCAACCUAUUGUUCUGUAUUCCCCUGAGCAAAAAGUGAUUUGUGAGUUCAAGUCUGAAGAUAAACUGCCUAUGAACAUCACUUUGUGGUUUGGGAGGUGUUUCUGAAGAGGACAGAAGCAAGUCAAAUGUGAAAGGCAACUGCUGCAAGCUGUGCACUGGACAUCAAUGAUAGCACUUUAACUCAAAGUAUUACUUAAAAAUGAGGACUACGCCAGAAAACAUGAAAAGAAAAUAUGUGGCAAUUCCUCUGUACAAAUUAGAAGCUGAAACUUAAUAAGUAUGCUUAAACACCAAGAGCUGAAUCCAGUACAAAUGUGUAGCAAAACUAAGAGUAUUUAAUAUCCUUGUGUGAUUAAAUCUAUUUUAUCUAGGGUUUGGAAUGAUAGUAAAGAUGCAUGUCAGGUUCUGCUUUGAGGGGUUUGAAAUAAAACACUGACUUCUCAGAACAAUCUUGCUAUGUAGCCACUGCUGAAGUAAUAAAAUGUGUAAUUUUGGAAGAUUUAGGGAGAAAACUAAUU